CGAGGGGCUCUCGCGAACCCCUGCGAAUCCCCCAGAAACCCACCCCUAAUUGCUCCCCGUCUUGGUUUCAGCAUCCGUGCCAUCGAGAGCCCGGCCAAGGAAGACGAUACCACCUGGCUGACCUACUGGGUGGUGUACGGCAUGUUCUCCGUGGUGGAGUUCUUCUCCGACACCUUCCUCUACUGGUUCCCCUUCUACUAUGCCGGCAAGUGCUUCUUCCUGCUGUGGUGCAUGGCGCCCUUUUCGUGGAACGGCUCGCAGGUGCUCUACCGCAGCUUGAUCCGUCCGUGGUUUUUGAAGCACCACCGGACGGUGGACAGCGUCCUCAGCGACCUCACGGGCCGGGCUGCUAGCGUGGCCUCCGCCGCCUCCCGGGAAGGAGUCCUACCACGAUCCCUGCAGGCAGAGGACUGAGUGGCGCCCUUUCGCUGAUCAA